AUGACUCUAACCAACUCCGAAACUAAAUUGACAGACUUCAGAAACGCAACCAUAAAACAACACUGGAAUGAUCCGCCACACAAGGUUGAUGAACACGAAAAACUAGACGCUGCCCAAACUCGUAUAAUAUUGAAAACAAUUCUAGAAGAUUGCAAACAGAAUGUUAAGAGUUCAGAUAAACGAAUUAUAUCAGAUACGGAAAAAAGGCUAGAAUUAUUGUUUGAAGUAUUGGAAAAAGGGCAAUUGUCUGAAUCUGUCCUUGGACGAUUGUGCAAAAUGUGCGAAUAUGCCGAGGCAAAUGACUUUGCGAACGCUCUAGCAAUUCAUAGUAACCUUAUGACAACCGAUUUUGACAAAGAAGGAAAAUGGUUAUUGGGAAUUCGGAGAUUGUUAGAUUUGUAUCGGAAAAAAUCGAACGAGAAAUAA